GAGGGAGAGAGAAGGAGAGAAGAGAGCACACACUCACACACUCCAAGCACGCUGGGGCAAGUGCAGUAAGAGUGGGCAGAGCAGAGAAGAGCCGUGCAGUGGAGGGCAGUGAACAUUUGACACAGCGCUAAAGGAAACUACAGAGAGGAUUGUGUCUGUCUCUGUGUGUGUACGAGGAUUGCUGCCCCUGGAAACCAGCUUCUCUGUGUGUGUGUGUGUGAAGUUUUUUGUGUGUGCAUGUGUGUGAGUGUGAGGGAUUUUUGUCCUGCUUUUGAGCUGAGAAGGGGAGAGUGUUUGGCCGGGCGUCUGGUCUGAGAAGUGCAGUUCAUUUCCCCCUGCGGAGAGGAGAAGAGAAGAGAGGAGAAGAGAAGAGAGGAGAAGAGAAAAGAAGAGAGGAGUACAGUAGCACUGCAAGAGGACUUCUGAUCUGUCCUGAUCCCCAGUUGGACGCUGCUCUUAUUGUUUCUUAUUGUUUUUCCUCUUCGGCGUGUUUUUUUGUGAACUUUGGGACUUGGCUUGGACAACUUCACUGCAAGAGGUGAGAUGGGUGGAUGGCUGGUGAGUCUCAGUCUGGGGCUCCUGACGCUGCUCCUGUGUUCGACUAGCAGCCACGCUGAUGGGAACCUGUGUCUGGCCUCCCAGAAGACCUGCUCAGAAUGUAUCCGGACAGGAAAGGGCUGCGGAUACUGCCCUGACGAGAUUUUUGAUCAUCCUCGAUGUGACCUGAUUGAGCACCUGACGACUCUGGGAUGCCGGUCUGUGAUGAGUGCCCAGGGCUCCUACACCAUGCGCAAGGACGUGGCCAUCAACACCUUGCUAAAGCAGUCGCAGGUGCGUCCCCAGGCCCUGAGCAUGGAGCUGCUGCCUGGGGAGGAGAGGGAGGUGGAGCUGGAUGUCUUCCAGCCGGAGAAGGGACCUCUGGACCUCUACAUCCUCAUGGACUUCUCAAACUCCAUGAACGACGAUUUGGACAACCUCAAGAGCAUGGGCAAGGAUCUAGCUAACCUAGUGGAGGACUUGUCUGACAACUACACCAUCGGAUUCGGCAAGUUUGUUGACAAAGUCACCGCUCCCCAAACUGACAUGAGACCAAACAAGUUGAAGGAGCCGUGGCCCAAUAGCGAGACUCCGUUCUCCUUCAAGAACGCCAUCCGGCUGACGCCCAACGUGGACCACUUCAGAGCAGAACUACAGAAGCAGAAGAUCUCAGGCAACCUGGAUGCACCCGAGGGGGGAUUUGAUGCCAUACUACAGGCUGCUGUCUGCCAGACAGAGAUAGGCUGGCGUCCUCAGAGUACCCAUCUGCUGGUCUUCUCCACUGAGUCGGCGUUCCACUACGAGGCGGAUGGCAUGAACGUUCUAGCCGGAAUUCUGCCCCGGAACGAUGAACAAUGUCACCUCAACAAUAACGAAUAUGAUCGUUACCAGCUACAGGACUACCCGUCUGUUCCUACGCUAGUGCGCCAGCUGGGAAAACACAACAUCAUCCCCAUCUUCGCAGUGACACAGCACUCCUACUCUUACUAUGAGAAGCUGUAUAAGUAUUUCCCCAUUGCUGACCUGGGCAAACUGGAGGAAGAUUCGAGGAACAUCCUGGAUCUCUUGAGAGACGCCUUCGUGCGUAUCCGUUCUAAGAUGUUCAUCCGUGCGGAGGACCGGCCGCGUGCCAUCGAGACUGAAGUGCUCUCAGCCACCGGGCAGCAGGCUGACAACGGAAACUUCCUCGUCCCUCCUAACACUAUCGGUAACUUUAAGCUAAAGGUAGCCGCUAGCCGCAUGGUGGGUGAUGUCCACGUGUGCGAUCUAACCCCUGAGGAAAGGGCGGGGCUUAUGAGGGUCAAACCAACGACCUUCAGCACGGCACUAGAGGUCGACACCAAUAUCCUCUGCCCCACAUGCGAGUGCGAGAAGACUCCCUCAGUGAACUCCCCUCGCUGCAGUUUCAAUGGAGAUCUGAUCUGUGGCAAGUGCAAAUGCAACGAAGAAUGGUUAGGCCCCUAUUGCAACUGCUCUAAGGACGCCUCCUCCGCUAACGAGCUAAGCUGUAAAGCCCCGGGCAGCAAGGAGGCGUGCUCUGGCAGGGGAGACUGCCUGUGCGGGACAUGCGUCUGCUACAACCCCAACCAGUUCGAAGGCCCCUUCUGCCAAUACGACAAGACGCAAUGCACACGCUUUGGAGGAUUCCUCUGCAAUGCGCGUGGGAACUGCUACAUGGGCCAGUGUGUGUGUGAUGAAGGCUGGACGGGAAGUGCUUGUGACUGCCCCAUUAGCAACCGCACAUGCAUGGAGAACGGGGUGUUGUGUAGUGGCCGUGGGGUGUGUAAGUGUGGCCGCUGUGAAUGUGACCAGUACAACGGGAUGACCCUCGGACCCACCUGUGCCCCCAGCUUCGAGGCCCAGCUGGACAUGUGUGGGGAUAAGCAUGCAUGUGUUCAGUGUCAGAUGUGGAAGACUGGAGAGAAGAAGGAUGAGAAGGACUGUGAGAAAUGCCCUUUCAAGGUCAUACCCGUGGACGAACUCAAAGACAGGGACCAUGUGUUGGAGACGUGUUCUUUCCGUGAUGAGGAUGACGACUGCACGUAUCACUACACGGUGGACCUAUCUGCUGAGAAGAAGGAGACAGAGGUGGAGGUACUGAAGAAGAAAGAUUGUCCUGCUGGUGGUUUCUUGUGGUUGAUUCCUCUCAUCAUGUUCCUGAUGCUGCUGCUGGGGCUGCUGCUACUCUGCUGCUGGAAAUACUGCGCCUGCUGCAAGGCAUGUUUGGCACUGCUCCCCUGUUGUGGAAGAGGGCGUACGGUGGGUUUUAAGGAGGAUCAUUACAUGCUGCAGCAGUCUCUCCUGACGUCUGAUCACCUGGACACCCCCCUGGUCAGAGCCGGGCCCCCCAAGAGCACUGACGUGGUGAGGUGGAAAAUUACGGAUAACGUCCACAGAGAACCAGACCACCCACUGGCCAGAGUGCAGCCCAACCCGAAAGAGACCAUCCAGUUCCCCGUGUCGCUGCGUCUGAAUCGCCUCUUCUCCGACAGCCUGGCCAGACCAGAGAGUAGAGAGGCAGAGGCCCUACGACACGAAGUGGAGGAAAACCUGAACGAGGUCUACAAGCAGAUACCAGGAUCCCACAAGGUCACCAACACCACCUUCAGGACACAGAGGAAUGCAGGGAAAAGGCAGAACAACACCAUUGUAGACACAGUGCUUGCAGCCCCCCGCUCCACCUACCCCGAUAUCGUCAAGGCAACGGAUAAGCAGGUGCAGGCUGGGAACAUGGGCAACCUGAAGGUAGUGCCCGGAUACUACACUGUGGCCAACGACAGAGAGGCCACUGGCGCAGUAGAGUUCCAGGAGGGUGUUGAGAGUCUUGAUGUGCGCGUGCCGCUCUUCAUCAAAGACGAGGAUGAGGAUAAGAAGCAGCUAUUGGUGGAGGCCCUAGACGUCCCCGUGGGCAUCGCCAAGAUCACCCGUCGCUACGUCAACAUCACCGUCGUCAAGGAGCACGCCAAGAGUGUGUUGACCUUCCUCCAGCCGUCGUACACCUACAGCCGCCAGGAGGGCGUGGCCAACAUCCCCAUCAGCCGUGACAUCAUCGAGGACGGCCGUACCCAGGUCACCUACCGCACACGAGACCUCACCGCCAAGGACAAGAAGGACUACGUCUCGGUAGAGGGUGAUCUGACCUACCAGCCUGGCGAGACCCAGAAGAUGGUACCCGUUAAGCUUCUAGAACUCGGAGAGGCAGAUGGUCUCCUGGACGACGGUCGCCAGGUGAAGCAGUUCGUGAUGGACCUUAGUAACCCUCGGCAGGGAGCCAAGCUGGGGAGAUACCCACGCACCACCAUCACCAUCGCAGACAAGCCAGAGCCGAGUGUGAUGAUGUUUAAGAAGGGCACCCAAACCUUCACCACCUCUGACCCCGUCUACAGUAUUCCUGUCGUGCGCACACGUAACCUGGAGGGACCCGCUACCAUACACUGGCGCACACGCAAGGCCUCACGCUUUGAGAUGUCGGGUCCUCUGAAGUUCGCUCCUGGUGAGAGUGAGAAGAACGUUGUGAUUGACGCUCGUUCGCACCCAGGUCCGAUUAACCCCGAAACCUUCCAGCUGGAAUUGUUUGACCCGAGUACCAACACGGCCGUCGGGGAGAGGAAGACCACACUAGUCAACGUCACGGACCCUGGUGACAUGGGUACCCAGGACGUGAUCCCUUUGCAGAACAUGGGCUUCAUCAACCAGAGGGCCACCUCUCCCGGCGGCGUCCCCUUCAUACCCCCCAACCUCAAGGCCACGCCCACUGGACCCCGCAACAUCCGCAUGAACUGGAACGCUGUGCCCGGAGCCCUCGGAUACAAGGUGAGGUACUGGAUCUACGGGGACCCAGAGGAGAAGGGUCAGGUGCUGGAUGUGAAGUCUCCUCAGGCUGAGCUGACUGACCUGUACCCCUACUGCGACUACGAGAUGAGGGUGGCCAGCUACAACGCCGUGGGCCAGGGCAACUAUGGAGAGAUGGUCACCUGCCAGACCUUGGAGGAUGUCCCCAGUGAGCCGGGUCGUCUGGCGUUUAACGUGAUCAGCCCCACGGUGACACAGGUCAGCUGGGGGGAGCCGGCCGAGACCAACGGGGUCAUCACCCAAUACGAGGUCCUCUACACGCCCAUCAACGAUGACAGCAAGCCGAUGGGUGCCGAUAAGAAGGUGAAGAUUGACAACCCUAAGAAGCGCAUGCUGCUGAUUGAGAACCUGCAGCCCAACCAGACCUACUCCUACAAGGUGCGCGCCGCCAACAGCGUCGGCUGGGGACCCUUCAGGGACGCCACCAUCAACCUGGCAACGCAGCCCUCCAGACCCAUGUCCAUUCCCAUUAUUCCUGAUAUCCCCAUAGUGGAUGCGGAGGCCGGUGAGGAGUAUGACAGCUAUCUGAUGUACAGUAAUGAAGUGAUGCGAUCUCCUACAGGCUCCAAAUGCCCCAGCGUAGCAGGAGACGACUCGGUGGUGAAUGGCAAGUGGGACCAGGGCUUCCUGUACCCUGGCGGUUCGGGCUCUCUGACUGGCUCCCUCACCCGCAACAUUAGCUCCGCCUCCUCCAGCUACAACCAGCUGUCGCCCCUCCCCCACUCCAGCGUCAAGCAUGGCAGCUCCGCCAGUAGCAUGACCAUGGACACGAGCACGACCACCUACAUCUCCGGACAAGGUGGUUCAAUGUCAGGAAGACAUGAGAUCAUCAGCAAGGGUGGCUACUCAGGUGGACAGGUGGUGAUGAGGAAGCGAUCGGAGAAUCGUGGUUACUAUGACGAGAACGUGCGGGAUUCCAUCGUCAUGGGCGACGCCCAGGCUGGGUUCAUGGAUAGCAUGAGUGGUCUGAGUGGCUUCAGUAAGAGUGUCACCAGCUACAGCAUGGCUUCGGCUUCGGGCAGCUCCCGCGCUCGCACGCAGUCAGAAGAUGUCAACGACGCACUUUUGAACCUGGACAGGGUUCUACAGGACACGCGUAUGAACCCCGGUGUUCCGGACACCCCGACCCGUCUGGUGUUCUCCGCUCUUGGACCCACGGCCCUCAAAGUCAGCUGGCAGGAACCGCACUGCGAAAGAGACAUACUCGGAUACUGCGUACUGUACCAGCUCAUUAAUGGAGGCGAGACGAGGCGUAUCGAGGUGCCUAAUUCGGGUCAGAACUCUGUGGUGGUCCAGGACCUGCUGCCUAACCAGUCGUACGUGUUCAAGGUGAAGGCCCAGAGCCAGGAGGGCUGGGGGCCCGAGAGGGAGGGGGUCAUCACCAUCGAGUCAGCUGUGGACCCUAGCAGUCCACUCAGCCCCAUGCCUGGUUCCCCGUUCACGUUAAGCACCCCCAGUGCCCCUGGGCCCCUGGUCUUCACUGCCCUCAGUCCAGACACACUGCAGCUCAGCUGGGAGAAGCCACGCAAGCCCAACGGAGAUAUCCUGGGAUACGUGGUCACAUGCCAACAGCUGGACGGAGGAGGUGACCUGCGCUCCUUCAAGGUGGGUGGUGAUACGUCUGAGACCAGCCUGACGGUGUCGGACCUCCAGGAGAACGUUCCCUACAAGUUCAAAGUUCAGGCGCGCACCACACAGGGCUUUGGACCCGAGAGGGAGGGAAUCAUCACUAUAGAAUCACAGGAUGGAGCCUCCAUGUCUCAGUACAGUGGCCAGUCCAUGACGAGGAAGGAGGUCUUCCAGUUGCCCCCGGAGAUGACCACGCACACCAGCGUCACACACCGAACCAUCAAUGACCCCUUCUUCUCUGGAGCCGUGCAAGAGGGUAUGACGAUGACGACUCAGCGGAUGGAGAGCGGCGGAACCUUCACGCGUCAGGUGAUGCAAGAAGUGGUCCAAAGGGGCGUGGUCUCCAGCACCAGCGUCACCAAGCGCGUGGAGAAAUACUACGAAGCAUAAACACACACACACACACACACACACACACACACACACACACACACACACACACACACACACACACACA